AUGACUUGGGAUCACAGAAAUGAAGAGAAGCUUGUCGUGCCAGCGCGUCAGGUUGACCCUCAGAAACUAUCCGUGCUGCUGAAGCAGAAGUUCGGGGAAAUGGGUCUGAGCUAUCGAGUAGAGAUGAGGCAUAACAGCUAUCGGAUCUACGCUCAAAGGCCAUUGUCGCCUCAGAUGUCGAUAGCACUGCUGUUACUCGACGGGGCUCACAUGCGUUGA